AGAAGAAGCCAACUAGUCGUCGAGUUUGGCAGCAACAAGACUUUUAUCGCUCGGGAUCAAAUUUCGUGGUCGCCAUUAAUUGCUAUACAAUACUGAACGUGAUUCUUUCAUUAUCCAAUUGAGUGCUAGCUGUUUAUUCUUCGUCUCCAGCAAUUAAGUUCAAUCUGAGGAUGAUUGGGUAAUUCGGAUUUCAACAAGGAAAAUCAAUCCAAAACUUCUAGUCUCAGUAAGUGAAAUCAUCUUCUGAUGUGCUGAGCACUUCAGCAGCGUUGUUUCCUAUGGCUCUAAAUCAGAAGCGCUUCGUCAAACUUUCGAUUAUUCUUCUAGUGAAUUUGUUGGCGAUCUUGUUCAUCAGUUACAGUAAAUGGAUCUUUGUCGACAAUCGCUAUUCAUUAUUGCAGCAGCAACUGGAACAACCAAAGGCAAGGAGUAACUCCUCCUCUAAUACCAAAAUCAAAUCGAUUCUCUUUUGGAAUGGACCCAGACGAUCGGAGAUGACCAUUUUCGGGACGGGACACGACGCUUUCGUUCAGCAAGAAUGCCCAGUUAGCGACUGUGAAAUUGUCAAUAGCCCUUAUCAAUAUCCAUACCGUCCGCUUAGCUCCUUCGAUGCCGUCAUCUUCAACUUCAACGACGAAUUUUGGCUGACCAAACGGCCACAUUUCCAGCGUCAACCCCACCAACGAUUUAUCUUCUUCACCAUCGAACCUCCACCGUCCAACGAGCCUAUGAACGUCACGGGAUACACCAACUAUUUCAACUGGACCAUGACCUACCGGUUGGACUCGGACGUUCCUUUUCCGUACGGGCGGAUCCGGCCGAAACGGUCGGCGCCAACGACAAGCGAAGAGAUCCAAGCCAGGAUCAAAGAGACGCACUCAAAGUUAUUCAACUGUGACAAUGACAUCAAUUCUCGGACGAAUUGCGAGAGCCGGAAGAACAAAACUCUGGUGGCGGCCAUGAUCUCCCACUGCUCAACUGACGGGCGACGGGAACACUACAUCAAGCGACUCAAGAAGCACGUCAAAGUCGACGUGUACGGAUUUUGUGACGAGGAAGACCUCGAGCUCGGGUCAGGUCUCCGUUGCCAGCCGCACGAGCUGUUGAUUUCGACGCCCGAAUGUUACGACAUGCUCGAGUCCAAGUACAAAUUCUACUUGUCGUUCGAGAACGCCAUUUGCAGCGACUACGUGACGGAAAAGUUCUUCCACAUCAUGGGCCGGCGCAACAUUGUGCCCAUCGUCUACGGUGGCGCCGACUACGCCCAACUGGCGCCGGAGCACUCGUACAUCGACGCCCUGGAGUACGAGCCGGAGCAAUUGGCCCAGUACCUGAAAAUGCUGGACGCUAAUGACACGCUGUACAACGAGUAUUUGUGGUGGAAAAACGAUUACGUCGUCGAAUCGGAUCUCAGACAAAUGGUGCGGCACGGAUUUUGUGACUUGUGCCGGAAACUUCACCAAGACCAAGGGCAGGUGAAAUAUUACCCGAGUUUGUUGCCCAAGUGGCACCCCGGAAGAUGUUUCCGGCCGCACUACAAAUCAAACAGAAGCACUAGCAGGAAUAAAGGGCUAACUAAAAAGGCAGCCCUUCACGAAAGACUGUCCUGGACUUUGGGAGAGUCCUUAUAAAUAAUAUUUUGUUUAAUUUGAAAUAACAUUAAUAAAUAAUAAUAAUUAAAAAAAAAAAC